AUGGUCGAACUGCCCAGCGAACGGGUCGGAUUUAGCCUGAGAGAGAAUUUGAAGGGUUUCAUGGCACCGUUUGCCAGAUUCGCGUUGACUUACAAGACUCCGGAGGAGUGUCCCGAGCACACUGUGCCAUACCUAAACCGAGAGCAACUAAAGGCCUUGGGAUACUACCCAAACUCGGUGGAACGCAGCCUGUCUGGCAUGAGGAUCUGGCACCUAUUUCUUCUUAUUAAGGGGACGAUAUUUUACUGUUCAAUGUUAUACGCCGUUUCCGAAUCCUUGGAGGACAUCGUAGAAUUGGGACGAGAUCUCGCAUUUAUAAUUGCGACGUUUUUUAUAUAUUUCAAGGUAGUUUUUUUCCUUCUGUAUGCCGAUGACGUUGACGAGCUAAUCGAUGGCCUCGAGGAGUGCUAUCGUUCGGAGAGAAAGGGUUCGGCUGCUGCAGGAGUGAGAUCUGCGAAACGUUUGCAUUAUCUGAUCAUCGUCGGAAUGCAAAUAAUUUGGAUGGUUUCCAUGGUCGUCUUUAUAGUGCUAUUGAUUUCUACACCCAUUUGGACACAGCAGGACCUGCCGUUCCAUGCUGCCUACCCGUACCACCUGCACGAUCCAUCGAGGCACCCGAGAACACACAUUCUCAUCUAUAUAUCGCAAUGUUUCGACAUUCUGUACUUUCUAAUGUGGCUCACUUUUACCGAAUGCAUGUCUGUGUCCAUUUAUUCGCAGCUUACGGCUGCUCUGAGUGUCCUUUGUGUUGAACUUCGGCACCUCCAACAGUUCUGCGAUGGGGACGAGGAUCUCAUGCGAUGGGAGAUCCAUCGUCUGGUCAGGUUUCAUCAGAAGAUAAUCAGUCUGAUUGAUCGAAGCAAUGAGAUAUUCCACGGCCCUUUGAUUAUGCAAAUGAUUGUCAACUUUUUGCUGGUCUCCCUGUCGGUGUUUGAGGCAAUGAUGGCCAGGCACGAUCCAAAAGUGGCUGGCGAGUUUAUAGUUCUGAUGCUUAUGGCCCUGGGUCACCUUUCGAUGUGGACAAAAUUCGGGGAUAUGAUGUCGCAGGAGUCGCUGGACGUGGCCGAGGCUGCCUACGAGGCUUACGACGCAAAUGUUGGUACCAAGCGAAUCUAUUGGAAUAUUCGCUUUAUAAUUAUGCGUGCACAGACACCAUUGAUAAUGCGAGCGACCCCCUUUCCGAUCUUCAAUAUGGCCAACUACAAAGCCAUACUCAACCAGUGCUAUGGGAUCCUCACGCUAUUGCUGAAUACUUUGGACUAG